AUGAUGUUACAUUUGCAAAUGUUUAAAAAAAUUAAUGUUGUCUAUCGACCAUUUCUUAUGAAUGUCACAGAAGAUUUUUGUCAAAGAUUUGAAAAGAAAGUUAAUGCACCGUAUUUGAAUAUUUUAUUAAAUAUUGGAGGAAGGUAUUCGAAUUUAAAUCACACUUGUCCUUACGAAGGCUGGUUAAUGUUUAAGGAUUUGGAAUUGGAUCUAAGCAGUCUUAAACUUUUAUUGCCAGAUGGAGAAUAUCGUCUUGAUAUUGAACCAACUAUUAAUGACGCUAAAUCACCUGCAUUUGUAAUGCAAUUUUUCCUUGAAUUUACAGCGAAACUUGGUCGAAAAUAAAAUUAUAUAUAAAAUUUUAGUUUUCGAA